AUGUCACAGGCUAGUACUGCCAUCAUUGCGCCAUUACAGUGUCCAGGUUUCCAAAUCAUUGACUGGCCAAACCCUGUCGGCACACCCACGCACGCAAACCUGCCUUGGCUACGUCUGGCAGAGGGCCCAGACAAGCUUUCAUUCGAUAUCGAGGUCAUCUCUCGCAACACGCUUGCUCGUUCAUUCGACUGCACUCAAAAGGCAGGCAAUGAUGCUGGGCCAUGCAAUUUCUGUGUACAUCUUGAGCCGAAACUCAAAGCACUUGCGGAGAAUGCAAGAGUCCGUCGACCGCAUACACGUCACGGACUUCUUACUCCCCUUCAACUCGUCAAGGUCAUACACAAGCGCGAUCAAAACAUGAAUGCUCUUAAAUUAUGGGGCCUGAAUGACAGCCGCAAGAUUAGAUGCCUUCUGUCUGAAUUAGAAGACCAUACCUCCUUAGUCAUGGCGCUAGCGCAGUCCAAUGUGCCAUGGCUACGGAAUCUUCUUCAGACGGCACUCAGGAAUGGCACCAGUAUUAGUGCUAUACUUCGCAAGAUUGAAGAAGCCCUUGAACGUGGGUAUCGGCCACAAGGACAUUCACAAGAGGCUCUCAAUCUCUCACUUCUCAUUCUUCGACUUGGAGGACAGGGUCUCCUGUACUCCCUCAACCAAUUUCUUGCUAUUCUGUCACCAAGAACACUGUAUCGCCAUACUUCAUUCGUUAAGAUUGUGCCUACCGUUGGACGUAUCACGCAGGACGUUAUUCAACAAAACAUCACCUCUGUUGCAUUGGUACCUCAUGCUACAGCUGGACUCAUGACACUUCGUGGUGUCAGCCUUCUUGUUGACAAGACUGCACUUGAGGAAGCAGCCGUAUAUUUACCACAGUCCAACAGCAUUGGGGGGCUAUGCUGGACACACUCUAGUUGUGUAGAUGUGACACUCAACAACUAUCAUUCUGCACUCAAUAUCGCCAAUGCACUGAAGGCUGGAAGGGUUCAUUUAGGCAAAGAGAUUAUGGUUGUUGGUGCUCAUGUUUUUGGUGAAGAUGGCCUUUAUCCCAUACUUGCAGCACCAACCUGCAAAUCAGAAGAUGCCAGCGACAUGGAGUUCAUUUUCAACACAACCAUCAACUCUUGGUAUGCAAGUGGAGCCGACAAGGAGAUAGGACCCGUCUGGUCUUUCACAACUGAUGGUGAUGCAACUCGGCGGAAAGCUGGACAUCGCACAUUCCUCCAGACACCUCUUCCAUUAACGUCACCACUUUACGGCACCCUCAGUAAUCUCCCAGGUCUUAACCUGCUCACUGGUGCACACGAAAUCACGCUCAAUUUCGAUUAUAAGCACAGUCUUCAAGCAUAG